AUGUCUUCAUAUCCACAAACUUUUAAUAAUAAUCAUAACAAUGUUUCAAGAGAAGGACCUAAUGGACCUAUGAAUAAUUCACCAAAUCUUCCUCCUCCGUUAAAUUUAACUCAACGAAAUCCUCCAUUACCUCCACAGCAUUCACAUCCACCUCCACAACAUUCACCUCCGCCACAACAUUCACCUCCACCACAAUAUUCACCACCUCCACCACAUUCACCACCAAAAUUGAAAUUAUCAAAUUCGGAUGAUAAACAUGAUAAACCGAGACCUCCUAAAAAUUAUUCACCAAACGAACCACGUCCACCUGCUUCUUAUGAGGCUCCCAUAAUGGUAAAAACUGGUGGAAGAAGACAUCCACGUAAGCAAGGUAGAAAUGAUGAUUGUGAUUUAGCUGAUUGUUGUUCGACUUGUGGAUGUUUACGAUGUACCUGGACAUUAUGCAUUUUGAUUAUGGCAAUAUUCUUUAUGUUAGUUGGUAUAGGAUUACUGGCUUAUGCAAAAGUUUUACCAUCCAAAUGUGGACCAUUAUGUGAUCCAUCUAUCACGACUAAUAAUGAUAAAGUUGAUUCAACAAUAAAUAACGAAGCUCAACAUUGUAAUUCUAUAUGUACUCAAGGAACAUAUAAAGCUUUAUAUUAUGGUGGAAUAGGAAUUUUAGUAACGGGAUUAAUAAUGGCAGCCACACAAGUAUGUGGAAUGUUAUGUAAGGUAGGAAAAAGUGGCGGGAAAGGUUCUGGAUGUUGUUAUUGUUGUUGA